AUCUGACUAUGACAGCUUAGCUAAAAGGAGAGAACCAGAAGGAUUUGCCCAGUAAAGCCUGAAAUAAUACUUUACAAGUCAGAGGUUGGUUUGGGUUAACAGAGGAUUUUUAGACCACACAUCCUCAUAUAUUAACAUGUGCAGACUGAAAAAAGGUCUGGCUCAAUGUUUAGAUCUCACAUGCAUAUACUGAUGAACAUAUGAUGAUCAUAGAUCAUUCACUCACAUAAUAAAAAAAAUAUGUAAGAAAAGCAGCUAGAAGCCCAUUUUUCAUGUAUGCAAUGGAAAUACUUCACAAGCAACAAGCACAACCCUAUCAGCCCAUUUCAGUGUACAGUGUUGCGACUCCCAUCUGUAGUUGUAUCACAUAAUCUUCUCCUUCCUCCUAUCUUUCCUCUGAAGUAGUUCUACAAUAAUGCUGAAUUAAUUGGUGUGCUGUGGAAAUUAGUGGUGGAUCAGAUGACGGUGAUUAUGUGUACCUGACGGUCAGUUCAGGUAAGACGUCUCUCUGUGUGAAGUAGAAUCUGUUCACUGUAACUUAGACGUGUUAUUUAUGAUGGAGGAUAACUCAUUCUCUGCCUCUUUAUUCAGAUCCUGCUGUGUCGGUGAUGAACAGCAGAGUGAGUGGUCAGGAAGGGGGCAGUGUCAGUGUCCAGUGUUUCUACAGUGCUGAAUAUAAGAAAGAAAAGAGGAAUUGGUGCAGAUUUAAAGACAAGUGUUUCUUAGGGGGGAGGACUAACACAUCCCAGAAUUCAGCAGUGCUGGUAAUUGACUAUGGAAAAGGAUCUGUCAGUGUGGGGAUGAGGGGUCUGCAGAAGAGUGAUGCUGGCUGGUACUGGUUUAGUGCAGGAGAUGUGGGGGUUACUGUUCACCUCACUGUCACUGAAAGACCUUCAAAGGAAACUACAUGUUCUGGCACUGAGAAACCCAAAGAGUCACAGCAGUUCUGUCUUUCACACAACUGAAUGAUUCCACAAACGCUGAGAUCCUGGAGGUGGCGAUAAUUAAGAAGCUACAACACUGCAGCUUUUGUAUCUGAGCUUCUGUUGUGGGCAACAGGUUCAUCAGCAAUGUCAGUUUAGAACGUAUUUCUUCAUCACGUCACAAAUCCGGUCACAAAAAAGAAGGCGUUCUCAUUAUUUAACAUUUACA